UGAAAUUGUUCAAUUAGACUAAAAUAAAGAAAUUCAAUUAAGGCUUCGUAAAUUUCCGUUGAACAUUCGGUCUUUUUCGAGGGAAGCGUGCCGGGUGGUUAUGAAUUUACGAACUUCACUUGUGUUAGCUGGAAGAUUUGCCACUAAAAUCUCCGCUCAACAAAAGAUCUGUGCCGCAUUUGCAUCAAAGAAAACAUUCCAGCUACAGCGUGAGGUCUCUCCUUUGGUCACAUUUUCAAGAUCUUUACUAUCUACUGACGUAUUCAACUCAGCUCAAACUGACAAUACUGACACUGAGGAUAGCACAAUGAAUCAUAACUUCGGUAACAAAGAUGCACCAGAAAUGGAUGAGGGCCAUGUUAUACGGAUCCGAGGUCUGCCAUGGUCUGCUACCCCAGAAGAAGUGUACAAUUUUAUGAAAGAAUGCAAUAUCCCAGACGGCAAGAAUGGGGUCCAUUUGACAUUAAAUCGUGAUGGCAGAGCAAGUGGUGAAGCAUAUAUUGAACUUGCUAGUGAAGAAGACAUGAAGACUGCAUUGACCAAAAACAAGGAACACAUGGGCAGAAGAUACAUUGAAGUAUUUCGCUCCAAACGCAGUGAAAUGGAGUGGGUCGUCAAAAGAAGUGGCCAAGGUGCUAAUGUAGGAUCUAGUGAUGCAGUUGUAAGACUCCGGGGACUACCAUUUGGUUGUACCAAGGAAGAAAUUGCCCACUUUUUCUCAGGGUUGGAGAUUGCACCAAAUGGGAUCACCAUAGUACAAGAUCGGCCAGGGAAGAGCACGGGGAAUGCAUAUGUUCAGUUUACAUCGCCACAAUUAGCCGAGCAGUCGCUCAGCAAACACAAGGAGCAAAUUGGGCACAGGUACAUUGAGAUCUUCAAAAGCAGUCUGAAUGAAGCCAGGGCAGCCAUGGGCCUUCCAAGACAAGGUGGCUUUGGUGGAAUGGGUGGCCGUGGAGGAUUCGGUGGUGGAAUGGGCAUGGGACGGCCCGGACCAUAUGAUCGCGGAGAUCGAUUUGGAGGCGGCGGUGGUGGCAUGGGAAUGGGUGGAAAUAUGAGAAUGGGUCGUGGCGGUGGACGCAACCUCAAAGGUUUCUAUGAUGACUAUGACGAGUAUGGCGAUGGUGGUCAGGGAGGAUUUGGAGGUGGCAUGAGACGAGGAAGAGGUAUGGGUCGUGGAGGACGUGGUGGCUUUGGACGUAAUGAUGGGGGAGAUAUGCAAGAGUACAUCAGCACAACUGGACAUUGCAUCCACAUGAGAGGUCUACCAUUUGCAGCCAUUGAACAAGACAUUAUAGAUUUUUUCUCACCAAUGCAACCAGUUAAUGUUUGUCUGAAAUAUUUGGAUGAUGGCACUGGAAGAGCCUCGGGAGAAUGUGAUGUUGAUUUCGCCACUCAUGAAGAUGCUAAAGAUGCCAUGAAAAAAGAUAAAGCUAUGAUGGAACACCGAUACAUUGAACUGUUCCUGAAGUCCCAGCCUAGCUCAGGCCGAGGAGGGGGUGGUGGUGGGGGCAUGAACCCAAACUUUGGAAACACCCAAGGAUUAGGUGGUGGUGGUGGUUUUGGAAGUGGUGGCGGAAUGAACUCCAAUUUUGGCAACCAAGGUAACUUCAAUGGUGGAGGCAACUUUGGAGGCAUGGGAGGAGUUCCAAAUCUCAUGGGCAAUCCCAACUACACCGCAUUCUGAAACAUUCACAAAUAAAUAGACUCAAACUAGCAUAUAUUUAUAAAAUGGCUGCUAGUUUUAAACAUAUACAAAUUAUGGUGGAGUCGCCUCCGGUUCUGUCACUUUAUGGAGACAUUGUUUGAAAAUAUCCCUGUUUUCUGAUAUUUUUUUAUCGCUCGGCCUAUGUGUUAACAUGCUUUAAGAUUUGUGUUACAUAGGAAACAUAAAAGAACAUGGAGGUUGUACCUGACAUUCAAAUGAACACUGAAAACUGUCAUUAAAUGGAAAAAGCUUUGUGAAAUGAUUGAUUUUACUCUUUUUGGACAGUGUGUUUGUUUCCUGUCAAUUUCAGGAAAUUGUUUUUGUUUUUACAAUACGCAAAUCACGUCUAGACCAUCUGAUUGAUUAUAUGUUCAAUCUAAAGUAGGGGUUGAGGAAAUACUCGUUUAUGGUGAUAACUUCAAUUGUUCAUAAUUCUUUUUGGGUAUCUGAAGUAUGUUAUGAAAUCAAGCUAGUACAGUUUUCCUGUAUUUAAAGCAUAUUUCUUAAAUGAACAAGUUUACAAAUCAAGUUGGGUAUACUUCAGAGACAAGCAAACGAAAGAAAUGAACGCUACAUUGGAAGCAAUGAUGACGGCUUUUUGUGGAACAAAAGUUUGGUAACUUAAACUUUCUAUUUCACUAGUGGUAUAUUGUAUUCUUACGUUUCUAGUGGACAUCCAAUAAAGCCUGAAAUUGUAAAAAUGAAUAGAGAUGGGUUAACAUUUUUGGGAGUGAAUUUGAACUGUAAGUUAGUGUUGUUUCAUUUGUAACAUAGGUGUCACCACUGUUCAAACUACUCCCAUAUUGAAUAAGAAACAUUUUAUUUGUAAAUAGAGCAUUGAAGAUAAUAUUGUACUGAAUUAUGUCAAAUAUAUAAGUAUAAAAAUAACUAUCAUGUUAUGUCAAAAUGAGUAAGGCCAUCGGCUUUUAAAGAGUUUUGAAAGGUAAUGUAAUAAGUCAAAAGAAAG